AUGUUCAAUAUCGACUUGUCCCGCGAGUUUCAAGAUGCUUUACUGGACGCGCAAUCAUGGCCACGCAAUGCAAUCAUCAAGACAAUCGGCACAUACCCAAAGACCCUGGCAAAGCUUCAGAGCCGACUGGGUGACAUAAAGCAAGAGUUGUUUGAAGACUGCCCGUCAGAAUGGGAGGUCCCUAUCCGGGAUCUCGAUGCUGGGUCUGAAACAACCGUCGACAAAUGCAAUGUCCAUGACCAGGCAAGGUUGCUCGAAUGGUUCGGACUAGCUUACACUGCCAAAGUUGGUAACGUACCAAUGGACUCGGUAGUGGCAGCCAAGAAGGAUCCAAAGUGCCGCUUCAUAUGCAUAUAUGGAAGACAUUCGAGGUCGAAGCUCAAGCUCAGCCGGGAGAUGUUUGCCUGCAUCAUGGCCUUUCAUCAGGUCAUGCCCGCAUUUCUCGACUUCGUAUCAGUAUUCGGCCAACGGAGUGAGCCGACAGACUUGAGGUUCAGCGCAUUCCGUGAACAAGUAGUUCUGUCAGUCGUCAAUGGGAACCUCGAGAUACAGCAGCGCUUCAAAGCCUUGACGGACAAGAACGCGAGACCACAAGACAAGUCGUUUGGCAUGCCUGAAGAGUGCUUUCGCUCAAGCUUAUCGGCUCACUUGAUGUACUGCCACUGGUCAGCGGAGGACUGGAGAUGGCACAUCAGCUGGCUUGAGAGAGCUGUAGAUAAGGAGAGCAUCAUGCCUGUUCUCGGACCGUCUGGAUUGGGUCAUGCUCACAAGACCUAUACACCCCAAGAUAUCCAGGACCUCCAGAUCUGGGAAGAGAAAGCCAGAUAA